AUGCAUGGGCUGGAAGGAACAUCUCAUUAUGUUCCUUCCACACUACUUGUGGACUGGAUUAGAUUAAAAUAUAUUCAAUUAAAAUUAAGACAAAAUAGCAGUGAAAGUUGGCCACCUAAAUUGAUGGUCCUUAACAAAUUACAACCACAACAUUCUCCCCAGAUUAAUACAGAAAAUGCCAGGAGAAGUGCUAGACGUUUCUUUAAUCCUGUACCCGCUGAGGCUAUUGAACAAGAUGAGCUACGUUUGAGACAAAGACGAGCAGAAGAAAAGACUCAAGAUGUUGUGGCUGUUUCUACAGUAACAAAUGAUGGAUUACAGGGAAUGGAUUGGAGCUUUGGUAGGGAUUUUUGGAGUUUAAUGAUGUUACUUUAA